AUGAAGGGUGAGUCUGUGUGGCGUCCAAGUUCUGUUAAUCAGUUUAUGUGGUCUGGUUUAACUGAGAAUUAUGAUUAUGUGUGGUUCGAAGAUUUUCGUGUUGUUAACAAGUAUGAAAUGAGUCGAAUGUUGAGUUUGGUGGAUGGUAAACUGGUUAGUAUUCAAGGAAAGUACAAGGAAGAACAGUUGAUUAUUAGCAAGGCAAGGUUUAUAUUUACGCCGAAUGAGCGUGAUGAUGAGAAUUAUCCUGAAUUUAGUCGUCGUGUUCAAGUAUUAUGUAUUGAUCACCAGAUGUUUUGUUGUCCGGGUGGUGGAGUGUGUGUGAUGUGA